AACGCUUAGCAUAUCUCUUUCUCCCGAAGAAACCUUUCUGCAUAUAUGGUGACCAAAUGGAAAAGCAACAUCUCUUCUCCAUUUCCUUCCAAAGGCUUCGGUGGAAUGUCAUAUUCGAAGAAUGAAUGGACAUUUCAUGAAUAGUUAAUCGAAUCGGAUCAAAGUCUUGACUAAUCGGACUGGACCAAAUUACCUUUAUUCGGAUUCAAAUAGUCGGACCCGAAUCUGAUUAAUCUGAUCCGCGUAAGACAUUCACCUUGCAUAUCCGGAUCUUCAGGUUCGUUACGAUGUGAACGAGAGAUCACUACUUUCUGUCGUAAGUUAUGAUGAGUUAGUGUGAGAUUUUUCUUUUAAAUAUAGUUCUGUUUAUCAGAUAGAUUGAAAUUGUAGAAAUUUCUUAAAACUUCUGUGUAAUUAGGGCAUUAAGCAAAUUUUGUGCAAAGAAACUGAGGAGUGUUUGGCUAUGGAAUUAUGAUGAGUGAUCCCGGUAUUAUAUGUUAUCAGCAUUGCCAAAAGAAAGAAAAGGUGUUUUCUUUUACACUUCCAGAUGUGUGCAACUUUUGCAAUGUUGAAUUAUCCAAUACAGAAUUAAGAAUACCCCCUUUCCGCAUUCCUUAUCCGUUUAGAGAUGCAACCAAAGAACAGAAUUCGGUUGUAAUAAAGCCGACUAAUGGGGAUUUUCUUCAUAACUAUAAAAAUUCAUCAGAUUUACAUAUAGGAGUUACUGAUUCUACAGGGUUUAUAUAUGAAUAUGAUGUAAAUGGGAUUACAAGAAGCAAAAAUCAAAGUUGGCUUCAAAGUCUUCCGAUAAAGGUGUUAGAUAGAAUGAAUUCAUCUUUAAAAUAUCAUUGGGAUGAAGUAUUAUACAGUGUUUAUAAUCAAAAUUCUUGGACUGCAGAACGAUAUGACUCUGAAGAUCAUAAUUGUUAUUCAUUUGUUCUAACAUUUCUAAAAUCUCUUUGUCUGCAAGAACUUCAACCAUUCCUCUGUAAUAAAACCAUAUUUUGUCAGCAGUUUGUUUCUCCUCAAGCUCGAAUUGCUGCUAAGUAUAUAAGUUUAUUCAGACAAUUAAAAAAUCAAAAUAUAGUUGUCCAGUGAUAUAACUUAAUUCUAUUUUAUGAUAAUCCAUAAUUUUGUGAUAAGAAAUUUGAUGUGAAGAAUGUUAACUUAUUUACAUUCAGUAACAAUAAAUGAAGUCUUAGCAUGAAAUCUGCAAAAUUUCACUUUAUUUGUUACCAUUCCUUUUCCCUUUUUAUAUUUUUGACAUAAAUCUUUGUGUUAAAAAAUCUGAAAUCUUUUUCCACUUAUCAAAUAUGAUCUUGCAUUUUUUUUUUUUUUUUUCAUUGAAAAUAAAAGUUGCUCGAAAUUGGAUAUAUGGGAUAAAAUGUGUUUUUAGUUUUUUUUUUAUUUCAAAAAAUACCCUUUUAUGGAAUCGUAAUUUUUUAUUUUAGAGGUUUCUGUAUUUAUUUGUGUUCAAUGCAUUCCAUUGGCUUCAUAUUUUGUACAUAAUGUGAACUUAUA